CUUCCGCAUGAACGAGAUUAAUAAAUAUGAAUAGACUGCUGUGUCUGAGUGCCCUGUGUAGAGCGCUGUGCUUUCUCCGCGUUGACAUCAAAUCACUACUGGCAGAGGCACACGUAACAAUCCAGAAGAUGACUACGACAAGUCAGACAAGACAGACAUUUUCUGAUAAGCAGGUGUGAGAGAACAUUGAUAUGUUAUCACUGACAUGUUGGGCUUAGCUUAAUGCCUAGGUUUCGGAACCACUGACUGGGCAUGAUGUUCAGUCGACUGAUGAGCGGCAGGGUUCGGAGUCUGGACAGAGAAUUCAACUGCACUGUCCGGCUUCUAGACGACACAGAAUACACCUGCACGGUUCAGAGUGAUGCAAAGGGACAGUGGCUUUUUGAGCAGAUAUGCCAUCAUCUAAGCCUGCUGGAGAAAGACUACUUUGGCAUCAGAUAUGUUGAUCCAGACAAACAGAGGCAUUGGCUGGAGUGUACCAAGCCAAUCACCAAACAGAUAAGAUCUCAGCCACCAUUCACUAUGUGUUUGAGGGUGAAGUUCUACCCCCCUGACCCUGCUGCUCUAAAAGAGGAGAUCACCAGAUAUCUGGUAUUUUUGCAGAUUAAAAGAGAUUUGUAUCAUGGCCGACUUUUGUGCAGGAGCUCAGAUGCUGCUAUGCUAGCUGCAUAUAUUCUACAAGCUGAGAUUGGGGACUAUGACCCAGGGAAGCAUCCAGAAGGCUACAGCUCCAAGUUCCAGUUUUUCCCCAAGCACUCAGAGCGCCUGGAGCGCCGCAUUGCUGAGAUCCACAAAACUGAUCUCAUAGGCCAGACUCCUGAGACUUCAGAGUUGAAUUUCUUAAGGAAGGCCAGGACUUUGGAGACAUAUGGGGUUGAUCCACAUCCUUGUAAGGAUGUGUCAGGAAAUGCUGCAUUCUUAGCCUUCACUCCAUUUGGCUUUGUGGUGUUGCAGGGUAACCGGAGAGUCCAUUUUCUCAAAUGGAAUGAGGUCACUAAAAUGAAGUUUGAGGGAAAGACCUUCUGGAUUUAUGCAAAUCAACAGGAAGAUCAGAAGAUCAUUCUGACUUACUUUGCCCCAACACCUGAAGCCUGUAAGCAUCUAUGGAAGUGUGGAGUAGAGAACCAAUCCUUCUACCAGUUUGAAAAAUCAAGUCAAGUGCGGACAGUGUCUAGCAGUAAUGUGUUCUUCAAAGGGAGUCGCUUCAGAUACAGUGGCAAGGUGGCUAAGGAGGUGAUGGAGCAAAGUGCCAAAAUCAGACGAGAACCACCAGAAAUCCACAGGGCUGGAAUGGUCCCAAGUAGGAGUUGUCCUUCCAUCACGCAUGGCCCGCGACAGUGUAGCGUGCCCCAAACACGCAGAAGAGCAGUCCAUAUAUCCAUUAUGGAAGGUUUAGAGUCUUUACGUGACAGCGGCCACUCUACGCCUGUCAGAUCCACCUCUCAUGGUGGCUCUUUCGUGAGUACACAUGGCAAUGGAGCAGAGGGUGGAAAUGCAACAGCAGAAUUCUCUGAGGAAUGCUAUAGUCCCUCUGACAGUGUGCUACCCACACCAGUAUUCAGCAACUGCUCACUGGACCAGUCCUUGGGUGAUAAUACUAAUGGCUCUCCCAGCAUUCAAGAGGCAUUCACUCCAGACAAAGCAGGGGAGGCGUUCACUCCAGACAAGGGGAGGUUCGCUGGCACAAGAGGAGGAGCCGCUCAUCUAGGAAAGCAAUCCACCGGUAGCAUUGAGGUGGAGCGGCUGUGUGAAGUCAUUGGCAGUUUGACACGACUCUUCUUAGUGACUCUCACUCUGCUAUUUGCCCUUCUCCUGUUUCUAAUUGCUCUGACAGAGUCUGAAUUAGAUGUAGCCUUCCUGAGGGACAUCCGGCGGACACCUGAGUUUCAGCAGUUUCACUAUGAGUAUUUUUGCCCUUUCAGACGAUGGCUGGCCUGCAAGCUGCGCUGGAUGGGAGGGCACCUCAUAGAUAAAUGAGAGUGGGAAUAUGUUAAAAAAGGUCCUCUCUGUUCUUUAGAUCAUAAGAAACAUUCAGGCCUUUUGACACUACAGGUUGAAGCAUUAUUAUCACUGUAUCAUGCUCU